GGUUAAACCCUUAAAACAAAACCUCGCAGCUUCAAAAGCCGAAAAACCAAAGCAAAACCAAACCCGCCAUAAACACAAAGAGCAAAAGAAGCAAGCAAUGGUGAAGGCGUACCUUCGGUACGAGCCGGCGGCGGCCUUCGGAGUCAUCGUCUCCGUCGAGUCCAACAUCACCUACGACAGCUCCGGCAAGCACCUCCUAGCUCCGGCGCUCGAAAAAGUCGGCGUCUGGCACAUCCGCCAAGGCGUCUGCACCAAAACCCUAGCCCCGUCGCCCGCCUCUCGUGGCCCCUCCCUCGCCGUCACCUCCAUUGCCUCUUCCACUUCUUCUCUGAUUGCAAGUGGGUACGCAGAUGGUAGUGUAAGAAUUUGGGAUAGCGAGAAAGGAACCUGUGAGACCACAUUAAAUGGACAUAAAGGGGCUGUGACUGCACUUCGAUACAAUAAGCUUGGAUCUUUGCUAGCAUCUGGAAGCAAGGAUAAUGAUAUAAUAUUAUGGGACGUGGUUGGUGAGACUGGCCUAUAUCGCCUUCGUGGGCAUCGUGACCAGGUUACUGACCUUGUUUUCUUAGAUUCUGGUAAAAAACUUGUUAGUUCCUCCAAAGACAAGUUCUUGAGAGUGUGGGAUCUUGAAACCCAGCACUGUAUGCAAAUAGUUAGUGGUCAUCAUAGUGAAAUAUGGUCCAUAGACAUAGAUCCAGAGGAAAGAUUUCUGGUCAGUGGGUCUGCAGACGUGGAACUUCGAUUUUACACAAUUAAGCGUGGCUUGGUGGAUGGACAACCUGUAUCUACUAUAAAGGGUGCUGAAAAUGUGAAUAAUGGAGAUUCAACCACUCAAAACAAAUGGGAGGUUUUGAAGCAUUUUGGUGAAAUUCAGCGACAAAGCAAGGAUAGAGUCUCAACUGUUGCAUUUAACAAAUCAGGGAAUUUGCUUGCUUGCCAAGUUGCAGGAAAGACAGUAGAGAUAUUCCGCAUAUUGGAUGAGGCUAAAGCAAAGCAUAAAGCAAAACGUAGGCUUAAUCGGAAGAAAGAAAAAAAAUCUGCAAAAGGGGAAGCUGAGGUUAUGGAAAAUGGAGAUACAAAUCAUGGUACUGGAGAGGAAGGAAAUGCCCUCUUGGUUACAGCUCCUGAUGUUUUUAAGCUUCUUCAUACUGUUCGUGCAAGCAAAAAAAUAUGUUCUAUUUCUUUCUGUCCAAUUACUCCAAAGAAUUUGCUGGCUACUUUAGCAUUAUCUUUGAACAACAAUAUGUUGGAAUUUUAUUCCAUAGAAAACAGUGGCACCACAAAAACACUUGCUAUUGAGCUCCAAGGACACCGUUCUGAUGUCAGAAGCGUAACACUUAGUUCAGACAACUCUCUUUUGAUGUCAACUAGUCACAAUGCAGUAAAGAUUUGGAACCCAAGCACUGGUUCUUGCCUUCGUACUAUUGAUUCUGGGUAUGGACUGUGUGGUUUAAUAAUUCCUGAUAACAAGUAUGCACGUGUUGAAACUAAAGGUGGAUAUGCACUUGUUGGAACUAAAGAUGGAACUCUGGAAAUUAUUGAUAUUGGGAGUGGCACUUGCCUUGAAGUAGUAGAAGCUCAUGGUGGCUCUGUACGGUCAAUUGCGGCCAUUCCAAAUGAAAAUAGUUUUGUCACAGGAAGUGCAGAUCAUGAUGUGAAGUUCUGGGAAUACGAAGUUAAACAAAAAUCUGGUCAAGGAACUAAGUGCCUCACAGUUUCAAAUGUGAGGACAAUGAAGAUGAAUGAUGAUGUUCUUGUGGUUGCAGUAAGCCCUGAUGCUAAAUAUAUUGCAGUUGCACUGUUGGAUUGUACAGUGAAGGUUUUCUUUGCAGAUUCACUCAAAUUUUUUCUUUCCUUAUAUGGUCACAAGUUACCUGUGCUAUGUAUGGCUAUUUCAUCUGAUGGAGAUCUUAUUGUUACUGGCUCUGCGGACAAAAAUUUGAAGAUUUGGGGUUUAGAUUUUGGUGACUGUCAUAAAUCUAUUUUUGCUCAUGCUGAUAGUGUUAUGGCAGUGCAAUUUGUGCACAAUACUCAUUACAUGUUUAGUGUUGGGAAAGAUCGCCUAGUAAAAUACUGGGAUGCUGAUAAAUUUGAGUUGCUUUUAACUCUUGAGGGACAUCAUGCGGAUGUUUGGUGUCUUGCAAUCAGCAACCGUGGUGAUUUCAUUGUCACAGGUUCUCAUGAUCGAUCCAUACGUCGUUGGGAUCGUACCGAAGAACCAUUUUUCAUUGAGGAAGAGAAGGAAAAGAGGUUGGAAGAGAUGUUCGAGUCUGACCUUGACAAUGCAUUUGAAAACAGAUAUGUACCCAAGGAAGAAGUCCCGGAGGAGGGAGCUGUGGCCUUAGCAGGGAAGAAGACUCAGGAAACUGUUACAGCAACCGACUUAAUUAUUGAUGCACUAGAUAUAGCAGAGGUAGAACUAAAUCGUAUUGCUGAACAUCAGGAGGAGAAAACCAGGGGAAAAGCUGCUGAGUUCCAACCAAAUGCUAUUAUGCUUGGGCUCUCACCGUCUGAUUAUGUUCUCCGUGCACUUUCUAAUGUUAACACUAAUGAUCUGGAGCAGACAUUACUGGCUUUACCAUUCCCCGAUGCCUUAAAGAUUAUGUCUUACUUGAAGGAUUGGACUUCAAAUCCUGAUAAGGUUGAGCUUGUUUGCAGGAUUGCUACAGUGCUAUUACAGACGCAUCAUCAUCAGUUGGUUACUACCCCAGCUGCCAGGCCCAUGUUGACAGUUCUUAAGGACAUUCUUUAUGCAAGAAUAAAGGCAUGCAAAGAUACACUUGGUUUCAACCUUGCAGCUAUGGAUCAUCUCAAGCAACUGAUGGCUUCAAGGUCCGAUGCAUUGUUUCGAGAUGCAAAGUCAAAGUUAUUAGAGAUCCGUGCACAACAUUCAAAACGUUUAGAUGCAAGGUUGGAGACAAGAGAAGAAAAAAGAAAAAAGAAGAAACAAAAGAAAUCAAGUGAUGGACAUGCUUGGACAUGAUUUUGGGUCAACACAUUGUUCCAGAUACUUUUAGAGCGGAAUAUCAUCCUUAAGGGAAACUAUGACUUUGUCAAAGCAGCAUGGAAUCGAAGGUUUUCUUGAUCUGCAUUUUAUACGACAAAUGGGGAAAGAAAACUUUACCAGGCAUGUCUGAGUUCAAGCAAAACUGUAAGUUUCCAAUAGCAAAGCUGCAUUGUUUUACAGCGCGAUAAGCUAUAUCGACAACAAAUGUAAGAGGUCUGAAAUGAAAAAAAAAUAAAAUAAAAAGAAAAAAGAAAAAGAUCAAAGCUAGAGGAUGUAACCUGUAAUUUUUUUUAAAAAACAAAAAAGUAUGUGUCAUAUUGAUAUGCGCAUGCCGCUGAAAAUGUAAACAUAUGAUGUGGGUUUUAUAUUUAACUUUCCAAAAUUUUGAAAAAUUAUGUUGUGUGAUCAAGCUUGAAAAAAGUAUUGAAGCUGUGA